AGGAUGAGGUAACAUGUCAGCUACCCAGGUCAAGCCCUCCAGUCGUCAGUUCUUCUGUGCGCAGUGUGCAGUGUGCAGUGUGUUGUUGACAUCCAAGUUAAGCAGACGAACAAGCCGCUGAAAUUCAUCGAAGCAAGACAGGAUAUGAUGCUAUGCAUCUCUCCUUGGGCUCCUCGUCCCUGAGUUCGUUCAACGGUGCCGUUUCCCACUCUCCAUCGAAUUAUCGUCUUCGCCCUCUUCAUCAGUUGACAUGCAAGCCAUUUUACUCUAAGGACGGUACAAUGUGCGCAGAAGCUGGCCACUCCAGCCUCCAUCACUCGAUGGCAUGGGCGACGAAGAAUAUCAAACUGAGGAUAUGCUACCGAGGGCCCCAGACAGCUGGGAAACUGCCCGCUAAAGCAAGAAGCGUGUCUUCACGGAUCACUAACCCCUCCCAAGGUCAGCUCUGGAUUGGAAUAAAGGGAUACAUCCAACAUUGUUCGUCGUCGUCCAGUUCAAGUGUCGCAAGGCUCCCAGAGCCUACUGCUGUGGUUUGAGCCUGUUUUUCACCUAGGUACUGCCAGUAACUACCUUCUCCAUCCCAUACUUCUUUUCGACGAGAGGUUGAUCCGGAGUGCAGCACCGAUGAAUGGGGACCUGAAGGACGGGUUACCUUGACCAGAUCCAGUUUCUCAAGCUGGCCUGUCAACAAAGCUGACCGGAACCACAUGCGUAAUCCUUAGAUGCUGUCCUCGCU